AUGCUCUUAUUCUUUCUUUCUUUCUUUCUUUCUUUCUUUCUUUUAAUGCUCUUAUUCUUUCUUUCUUUCUUUCUUUCUUUCUUUCUUUUUUCUUUCUUCCUACCUAACAUGAUGUAUAUAGACGAAAUCUCUGCGCCAUAUCUAUCUAUAAAAGGCAUAUCAGAAUUCAUUAUUUUCCUUUUCUAUAUUCCUUUCUUUCCUUCUUUUUUUCUUUUCUAUCAAUAUUUCAUUUAUUCAGUUUCUUUCUUUCCUUCAUUUCGUUUUUUUUUAUUGUGUCUAUAUACUUUCUUACCUUCAUUUUUCUUUCUAUCUUUUCUUCUUUCUUUCUUUCUUCUUUCUUUCCAAAUGAAUAUUUUUGUAGUCUCUUUCUUUCUUUAUUUUCCUCUCUUAUUCCAGCUAUUUUUAUGUAUUUAUAUCUUAACUUCUAUCAAUAUUUUAUUCUUAACAUUUUCUUUCCUUCUUAAUUUUGUUCCUUCCUCCCUUCCAUUCUGUAUAUUGUGUCUACAUUCUUUCUUUCUUUCUUUCUUUCUUUCUAUCUUUCUUUCUUUCUUUUUUUCUUUCUUUCUUUCCAAUCUCCCACCAAUAUUGCUGUGUAUUCAGAUUGCUUCCUUUGUUCAUUCAUUCCUUUCCCUAUUUGUAUGCUGUCUAUAUUCAUUCAUGCAUUCAUUCUAUCUAUCUUUCUUUCUUUCCUUUUCCCUUUCUUUCUUUCUUUCAGUCAUUCUCGUCUGCCACCAAUAUUUCAUUAUAUCCGAGUUUCUUUCUUUCUUUUUCUUCCAUCUUUUCUCUCUUCUUUCGUUCAUUACGUCCUUUAAUCCUAUCUACAUUCUCUGCUACCGAUAUUUCAUUGUAUCCAGUUUCCUUUCUUUCUUUUUUCUUUCUUCUUUUCUCUAUCCCUUCCUUCAUUACGUCAUUUUAUCGUAUCUACAAUUAUUCAUCCAUUCUUUCAUUCUUCUAUCAAUAUUUCGAUUUUCUUCCUUCCUUUCGUUCUUUGUAUCGUGUCCGGAUUCUUUCUUUCUUUCUUUUUUCUUUCUUUCUAUUCUGCCACCAAUAUUUAUUUGCAUUCAGUUUCUUUCCUUCAUUCCUUCAGUGCUGCCUUCCUUCCAUUUUUCCUUCCUUCUUUCAUUCCGUUCUUUUUAUCGUGUCUACAUUCAUUCUUUCUUUUUUCUAGCUUCUUUUCUUUAUUUCUUUUCUCUCUUAUUUUUUCCUUCCAUCAUUAUUCGUUUAUUUAUUUCUUCUGCUACCAAUAUUUAUUUGCAUUUUUUCUUUCCUUUAUUUCUUCCUUACUGUCAUUCAGUCUGUCUCCUUUGUCUCUAUUUUUCUUUCUUUCUUUCUUUCUUUCUUUCUUUCUUUUAA